CCAUUGCGAAUCAAAACCAAAAUUAUUUUUAAGUAUAAGUUAAGGUGAAGGAUGAUAAUAGUAUGCUCAAAUCAAGUCCCAUCCCCGAGGUGAUAGAUCAUAUUUCCUUGCUGUCCUUUCUCUCUCCGAACUUUGUCGAAGAAAUAACUGAAAGUAAAUGCACCAGUGAAUGAUAAACCGUCACAUGGAGAAACACUCUCAUCUCAGAAACUUUCUAACUCUUUAGGGAACUCUAACCAGGUGUCCUCUCACAGCUGAGACCUGUCUUGAGCACCAUUAGCAGUGAACAUCAUGUCAGAACUAGAGGACUAUUCUCCUCCUCGGGGCCACCUUCAUCCUGACCCAGCUCGCAUCCAGCAGAACCUCCUGGAGGAGCAGGUGGAGCUCUGGUGGUUCAGUGAGCCACGCAAAUCCUUAUUAUGCUACUGCGCUUCAGUGGCCUUGAUCUUAGGCUGCGGCCUGGGCGGCGUAGGCCUUCUUUCCACCACCACCAGCCUUUCCAGCGAGUGGCGACUGGGCGCCGGAACUGCUCUUUGCCUUCUCUCUCUGGCCGUCCUCCUCAAGCAGUUGCUGAGUUCUGCUGUCCAGGACAUGAACUGCGUGCGCAGCAGGCGCCGAAUCAACAUGUUAAAAAGUGGCGGUUUAGCUGAUGUCCUCAUCAUGUUGAUCACAGGAGUCUCUCUGCUCAUUUGUGGAGCUGUCCUGCUGGAUGUGGCUCUGUCCUACCACAUGCCCAAACCUGGGAAAGCACUGAAUGACAUGUAUAUAUCCGGGGUGGUGAUGCUGGUUGGUGGGAGUUUUACAGCAUUAGCAGUUGGGAUUUACGCCACAGUAGUUUUCUUCUUAGAGAGAUCAGGUCCGGGACAGAGACGGUGGGAGAGGACAGUGGGAAUCUUCAGCAUUUCAGGCCAGAUGCAGGCAAGAAGAGAGACUGCUUCAAGUCUGGCUCGUCUGAUAUAACUGUGACUACAUUAAAAAUAUGCCGUUCUUUUACUGAACAGGAACUGAGAUGAGAUAAAACAACAACACCCUCAGUGAUACUUUGCAACCAUUAAACUAGUCACAAAUCAUAUGUGACAUUUAUGGUUACGUUUUGGCUUAAAGAUCCAGGCAUUAAACAUUUAAGCACAAACAUUCAGCUUUUACAUGUGUCACUCCAAUAAAGUACAGUUAAAAGUACUGAAAAAAGCACAAAAGCAUAUUUAAGUUUGAUCUUUAAUUAAUUUUAUGUAAAACAUGCUGCUUUAUCUCCACCGCUAUUGGACAAUAUGUGCGUGUCCUUGACUGCUUUAUUUAUGUGUGCAAUGGUGAGCAUACCAAGUGGUUGUCUAUCUUGGGACAUCUUCAGCUUUUCAAGAGCUCUGAUGUAUGAGCAAAUUGUGUCAAUUGAAUUCACGUGUUUGAAUUUAUACUACAACCUGAGCAGGCAAUACUAUGGAUCAAAUAAAGGAUCAGAAUGUCAAUCUGCAGGAUGUGAACACAUUUUGAAUGUGUUUUUUUUUAUGUUUCUAAUGAAAAGAGGGAUAUUUUUCUUUGUAGAAACAGGGAAGCUGAUCUACACUUUGAUGCAAAUUAUCGGUAAUUUGUUCUGGAGAGCUUGUGAAAAACAUUUACAAACAGAUGGAGAUAAACAGAUGGCAGGUUGUAGCCAUUUAGUGGAAAUCGAUUUCAAUUUGUGCGCAUAAUAAACAAAC